AUGACUGAUAAGAACAGAACAUGGGUGAACAACUUCAUCAUUAAAGGCAUAACUGAUAUCCCUGAACUGCAGGCUCCCAUUUUCAUGUUGGUUCUAGUAAUUUAUUUUAUAAUUAUUACUGGCAACUCUAUAAUUUUCUAUUUAAUAUGUGUGGACCCCAGGCUGCACAAUCCCAUGUAUUUUUUCCUAAGCAAUUUAUCAGUAUUAGAUAUGUGCUACACCACAGUCACCAUGCAUGAAGUCUUGGUAUCCUAUGUAUCAGGAAUAAAGAGUGUUUCUUUUUCAGGUUGUAUUGCUCAGAUGUAUUUUUAUGUUUCAUUCCUAUGCUGUGAGUUUUUGCUGCUGACAGCCAUGAGUUAUGAUCGUUUCGUAGCCAUCUGCAAUCCAUUGCAUUAUUUAAUUAUCAUGAGCCACAAGAUUUGUGUUAUAUUAAUGUCCGCAUGUUGGCUUUUGGGAUUUUUAAUAGUUGUACCUGUGUUUUUUGUUAUAUUUGAUAUUUUCUGUUUUCAGUCAAAUGAAAUCAAUCACUUUUUUUGUGAUCUGUUGGCCCUAAUGAAGCUAUUUUGCAGUAAUGCAUCCAGUAUGGAACAUUUAAUCUACAUUGAAUCGGUUUUCAUUGGAUUUGUUCCAUUUUCUCUUACAGUAUUAUCAUAUGUCUGUAUUAUCAGAACUAUAUUCAAGGUUCAAUCAAGUGGAGGAAGACUUAAAGCCUUUCGUACAUGUUCCUCACACCUUACAGUUGUCUUUAUUCUUUAUGUGACCAUUUUUUGUUUGUAUAUGAGGCCAACAACAACUUUCAACCUAGACUCUGACAAACUCAUUUCACUGUUGUAUACAACUUUAACACCCAUGCUAAAUCCUAUUAUAUAUAGCUUAAAGAAUAAAGAUGUGAAAGCAGCAUUCAAAAAAUGUGUAAAAAAAAGAGAGCAAUUCAGGAAAUCUGUCGACUUUGUGGCAAGAUAA